CUUAUGAAUGACUUUCAGAGUAAUUUUCAUUAAUAUAAUACCAAAAAAAGAAUUCUGUAAUCGACAUACCCCUCGGUUGAAAAAUGACAACUUUUCUUUCAAUUUAUUAUCUCUUGCACAUAGCAAUUAAUAGGUCCACACUGCAUACUGUCAGCACCUGAACAAGUUACCACAACACCAAGCUGGUGUUAGCGAAAAAUCUGGGUAAAUGUUUUAAUUUUCUGUAGAUUUUUAAUAAUUACUACUUCAUUAAAAAUUUUGUCUUUUUUGGAAACGAAAAAAAGGCUUGAAACGAGGAAAAAGGUCAAGGAACGAAGAAAGUGAGAAAUAAUUACAUAUCGACUUAUUCGUAUGGAAAUCAUCAAAAAUCACUAUGGCGCAACCUACCUCGUAUAAUUCUAAUAAUUCUACCUCAGAUUUGAAUAAAAUCGUCCUGGAUUACCUUUACAGAAAAGGGUAUUCUAGGACAGAGGCGAUGCUAAGGUUGGAAAUCUCCAGUGUAGGUGCAAUUCCAGAAGAACAACAAGAUUGGCACGUUGGUGCUCCAGAAACUUAUAUCCAGGUAUACAUUCUUCUCCGAGACUGGAUUGAUGGGACUCUAGAUCUUUACAAACCUAAACUACAGAAAACGCUUUAUCCAGUGUUUGUUCACUCUUAUCUAGAUCUACUUCAAAAGAAAGAAAAAGAAAUGGCAGCAUUCUUUUUUGACUCUUUCCGUGGAGAACAUGAAGUUCUUCGUGGUCAUGACAUUCGUUUACUGGAUGAACUGAAGACAAGUUCCGAUGCGGAUGAAAGCGAAAUUUCCCAAUUGUACAGAAAGAAUAAAUAUAGAAUUAAUUUAACGAAAGCAACGUUUGACUUGUUGGUUCAGUUUCUUUUUGACAACGAGGCUAAUGGAAGUGGAAUUAUAAUUCGUCUGUUGAACCAGUAUAUUGAUAUUAAGAUUUUAUAUGCUAAAGCAAAUGAACCUUUAAAGAUUGACGAUCAGACCAUGCUCGAGCUGAAUGCCGAUCAGAAAAACAUAGAUGUUGCGGAGCAACCUGAAGGAAUUCCCGGUCAUUCAGAACAACUUUUCGACUAUAAUAAGCAAAAAAUCUAUCUUGGAAAGAGAAAAAUACCUGUAGAUGUACUUCCUGAUUUCAAAGCAGUACUAGAAGAGCGAGAUAAAGGUCUUCAGGAAAAGCCGUUUCUAGGUGCUACCCAUCCAUCAUUAACUUUAGAAGAAUUAUUUGAGAAAGAACAGAGGAGUAUUGGUGAAAAUAUCGAUGAUUUACCACCUGACAUUCCUUUGCCCUCUUUACGCAUGAAAGACAUCGAAGCGUAUGUUGCUUCCUUAGACAAUCGGCGUAACGCGCUUCAUCUAGGAAGGGAUGGGACUCCUCCUAGUGUUUUCAUGUAUACUAUGCAUAAUACUUAUUCGUCUUUAAACUGUGCAAAGUUUUCUCACGACGCUUCCAUGUUCGCAACAGGGUAUGCAGAUUCCUCAGUGCAACUACAGAUGUCCAAAAAUUCAGGUCCUCAAGCUUUAGUAGGCAACCAAAACGAACCCUUAGACACAAUAAAAUUCAUAGGGCAUACGAGACCAGUAUUCGGUGUUAGUAUCUCUCCAGACAAUGAAUAUGUUCUUUCAUGUUCGGAAGAUGGUUUUACGCGGCUUUGGAGCAAAGAAACCCAAACCACCCUUGUCAAAUAUGCAGGGCAUAAUGCACCAGUCUGGGACGUUUGUUUUUCUCCAUAUGGAUAUUACUAUGCUAGUGCAUCUCAUGAUCAGACUGUCCGCUUAUGGAGUCUUGAGCAUACUGCUCCUCUUCGAAUUUUUGUUGGUCAUCAAAACGACGUUGAUUGUCUCGCCUUUCACGAAAAUGCGAACUACAUUGCUACGGGAUCUAGCGAUCAUACUUGCAGGUUUUGGGAUAUUCGUACCGGUAACACUGUACGAGUUUUCACAGGCCAAAAUUCUUCUGUGUCGUCCAUAGCAUUAUCACCCGAUGGAUUAUUAAUGGCAUCUGCAGACGAUACUGGGUGUGUCCAUUUAUGGGACUUGCGGACUGGCUCCAAAUUACAGAUGUUUGAGAAACAUCAGAGCCCAGUCUACUCCCUUACAUUUUCGCAUGACAAUAGAACUUUGGCAACUGGCGGUGCAGAUACUGAUGUCAACGUUUGGGAUAUUAAGGGCUUAAAUGGUAAUGAAAGAUUUGCUGAAGACUCUUUAUUAUACAAUUUUAAAACGAAAGAAACGAUUGUUUAUGAUUUACAAUUCACUGAAAGGAAUUACUGUUUGGGGUUAAGUGCUACUUGAUUAGUGUUAUGCUGUCUUUUUUUACUAAGAGGUUUAAAUGUAUACAUAAUAGGAAUUCAUGAAGCUAUAAUUAACCUGAACAAUCAACAAACCCAUUCAUUUUCUUGUUAAUAAGGAUAAGGCAUUCCUAUCCGUAGAACCUGCCUAAAAAAAUAUAUAUUUCGUAUAUUAGAAAGUAGAAAAAGUUUUUCAAUUUUGUCAAAGC